GGGGGCGCUUCCCGCGCGCGCGCGCGCGCGCCAUGAAGCUGCUGCGGCGCGCGUGGCGGCACCGGACGGCGCUGGGCCUGGGCGGCCUGGCGCUCUGCGGCGCUGGGCUUCUCUACCUGGCCCGCUGCGCCGCCGACGGCCCCCACCCGCCUCCCGGCCGCAGCCCCCCACCCGCCGAGUCCGCGCGCGCCGCCGCCUUCCUGGCCGUGUUGGUGGCCAGCGCGCCGCGGGCGGCCGAACGGCGCAGCGUGGUCCGCGGCACGUGGCUGGCGGCGGCGCGGCGCGGCAGCCCGGGCGACGUGUGGGCGCGCUUCGCGGUGGGCACGGGCGGCCUGGGCGCCGAGGAGCGGCGCGCCCUGGAGCGCGAGCAGGCGCGCCACGGCGACCUGCUCCUGCUGCCCGCGCUGCGUGACGCGUACGAGAACCUCACGGCCAAGGUGCUGGCCAUGUUGGCCUGGCUGGACGAGCACGUGGCCUUCGAGUUCGUGCUAAAGGCGGACGACGACUCGUUCGCGCGGCUGGACGCGCUGCUGGCCGAGUUGCGCGCGCGCGACCCCGCGCGUCGCCGCCGCCUCUACUGGGGCUUCUUUUCGGGCCGUGGCCGCGUCAAGCCUGGGGGCCGCUGGCGCGAGGCCGCCUGGCAACUCUGUGACUACUACCUCCCCUACGCACUGGGCGGCGGCUACGUGCUCUCGGCCGACCUGGUGCACUACCUGCGCCUCAGCCGGGAGUACCUGCGCGCGUGGCACAGCGAGGACGUGUCCCUGGGCGCCUGGCUGGCGCCGGUGGACGUCCAGCGCGAGCACGACCCGCGCUUCGACACCGAGUACAAGUCCCGCGGCUGCAGCAACCAGUAUCUGGUGACGCACAAGCAGAGCUUGGAGGACAUGCUGGAGAAGCACCAGACGCUGACGCGCGAGGGCCGCCUGUGCAAGCAGGAGGUUCAGCUGCGCCUCUCCUACGUCUACGACUGGUCGGCGCCUCCCUCGCAGUGCUGCCAGAGGAAGGAGGGCAUCCCCUGAGCUGCAGCCACAGCUGACCCACCACACGUCACAUGGCGCCGGAGGGAGG